AAUCUCUCCGUGCAAAUAGACGCGUAGAUGCGGAACAGAGAGGAAGAGAGAGCGAACAGAGGAAGAGGGGGCGGACGACCGGUGCCCUUCAUCACUAAAGCACACGUUUAUCCCGUUGUCGGUCUGUUGUGUCAUUUUAAUUAAGAGGAACUGGGACAGAGACCGUGAAAAUGGCGCAGCCGGACACCAAGAAGAUCUUCUUCGAGAACCUGUCGGGCGCGGGCAAAGCCAUCGCGGUGCUGACGAGCGGAGGAGAUGCUCAAGGGAUGAAUGCUGCUGUUCGUGCUGUCGUGCGAAUGGGGUUAUACGUGGGUGCAAAAGUUUAUUUCAUUCAUGAGGGAUAUCAGGGUAUGGUGGACGGUGGGGAGAACAUAAAGGAAGCCACAUGGGAAAGUGUUUCCAGCAUGCUACAAGUGGGUGGGACAGUUAUUGGCAGCGCCCGCUGCAAAGAGUUCCGCACUCAUGAGGGACGCCUGAAGGCUGCUCACAACCUGGUGCAGUACGGCAUCACCAACCUCUGUGUGAUCGGCGGGGAUGGCAGUUUGACCGGAGCCAACCUCUUCAGGGAGGAAUGGAGUGGACUGCUGUCGGAGCUGGUCGGCCAAGGUCUGAUCGAGGACGAAGCUGUUCAGAAGAACUCCGCCCUCCACAUCGUGGGGAUGGUCGGCUCCAUCGAUAACGACUUCUGCGGCACUGACAUGACGAUCGGCACAGACUCGGCUUUGCACAGAAUCAUAGAGGUGGUGGACGCAAUCAUGACAACCGCACAGAGUCACCAGAGGACAUUUGUGUUGGAGGUCAUGGGCAGACACUGUGGCUACCUGGCCUUAGUGAGUGCCCUCGCUUGUGGGGCAGACUGGGUGUUGAUCCCGGAGAUGCCCCCAGAGGACGGCUGGGAGGACAAGAUGUGUCAGAAACUGUCUGCGAACCGAGCAGGGAUGAAAAGGCUGAAUAUCAUAAUUGUAGCCGAAGGGGCGAUUGAUCAUAGCAACAAGCCCAUUACCACUGACUAUAUUAAGGAUCUUGUCGUCAAAUGUUUGGGCUUCGACACGCGGGUGACAAUUCUGGGUCACGUGCAGAGAGGAGGGACCCCAUCUGCUUUUGACCGCAUCCUGGCCAGUCGUAUGGGUGUGGAGGCUGUUUUUGCCCUGCUAGAGACCACAGCCAACACGCCAGCCUGUGUGGUGUCUCUGUGCGGGAACCAAUCGGUGCGUUUGCCUCUGAUGGAGUGUGUGCAGAUGACUCAGGAGGUCCAGAAGGCCAUGGACGAGAAGCGGUUUGAGGAGGCUGUCAAGCUUCGGGGCAGGAGUUUUGAAAACAACUUGAAGACGUACAAACUUCUGGCUCAUCGUAAACCAGAAUCUGAACUGCCAGUUAGCAACUUCAAUGUGGCAGUGCUGAAUGUCGGUGCCCCUGCGGCGGGCAUGAAUGCUGCGGUGCGUUCGGCUGUCAGGGUGGGCAUCUCUGAGGGGCACAAGAUGUUCGCCGUCAGCGAUGGGUUCGAAGGAUUAUCUAAGGGACAGAUCAGGGAGAUUAAAUGGGCUGAUGUUGGAGGAUGGACGGGACAGGGUGGAUCUCUACUGGGAACCAAAAGAACUCUCCCUGCAAAGCAUGUUGACAAAAUUGCUGAGCAGAUGAGAAAGAACAACAUUAAUGCAUUGCUCAUAAUUGGUGGAUUCGAGGCGUUUGAGAGUCUGCUGCAGCUGUAUGAGGCUCGUGCUACCCAUGAGGAGUUAUGCAUCCCGAUGUGUAUGCUGCCCGCCACCAUAAGUAACAAUGUACCGGGCACAGAUCUAAGUAUCGGGGCAGACACGGCCCUCAAUGCCAUCGUGGAGACUUGUGACCGCAUCAAGCAGUCGGCCAGUGGGACCAAGAGACGCGUGUUCAUCAUUGAGACCAUGGGAGGCUACUGUGGCUACCUGGCCAGUGUCGGAGGCCUGGCUGCUGGAGCAGACGCUGCCUACAUCUAUGAGGAGCCGUUUGACAUCAGAGACCUGCAGGCCAAUGUUGAGCAUCUGACAGAGAAAAUGAAGACGAGCAUUCAAAGAGGACUGGUCCUCAGGAAUGAGAACAGUAACGAGAACUACACUACAGACUUCAUCUACCAGCUGUAUUCUGAAGAAGGGAAGGGAGUGUUUGACUGCAGGAAGAAUGUGCUGGGUCACAUGCAGCAGGGAGGAGCCCCGUCUCCGUUCGACCGUAACUUUGGGACGAAGAUCUCAGCCAAGGCGAUGCAGUGGAUCACCAAGAAGCUGGUUGAGACGUUCAGACAAGAUGAAGGCCGAGUGUUCGCCAACACUGAGGACACCUGCUGUCUGUUGGGGAUGCGUCGCAGGGCUCUGGUCUUCCAGCCGGUCGUACAACUCAAGGGCGACACUGACUUUGUCCACAGGAUCCCCAAGGAGCAGUGGUGGCUGAAGCUGCGUCCCCUCAUGAAGAUCUUGGCCAAGUACAAGACGAGCUACGACGUCUCGGACUCCGGUCAGCUGGAGCACGUCGUACGCAACCGUCCCAAAGAGUCGGACGCUUCAGGAGCAAUGUGAAAGGCCCCCUGCGCUGCACGGGGGUCUGCGACGUGUGGUCUGUGUGUAAGAGUGAGGGUGUGUGUGUGUGGGCGUCAGUGUGCGUGUUGUAAAAGAGCUCCAGAUACCACAACCAACCGUGUUCAAUGCCCGUCUGUGUCAUUUCCCUGUGUGUGUCACUCUCCAUUUGAGUCCUGAAGAACUCAUGUGUUACUCUGUAGGCUCUGCAGCGCUCCUUAUGGACACACACGUGUACGCUCGGACACGCCGUACACACACACACACCUGUCCGGCCGUGCACUUGUGUGUCCUCGUUGCCCUGGAUGUUUAGUGUCAGCGUUGUUAGCAAAUUGCACUUUCCCUGUCUCCAGUCGCAUGAGGACAGAAACGACACUGUAUCUUCUGUACAAACCAGUGUGUGAGUGUGUGAGUGUGUGUGUGUGUGUGUGUGUGUGUGUCUGCCUAGAACCAGUGAGAUGCUCUGUAUAUUCAGUCAGACUGACGCAGUCUUACUGCUACAUGUCUAGAGAAAGGCGUGCUGCGCUUCACACAGAAACUAAUAUUUAUCUUUUUAACAUUGUUAUUAUUUUGCUUGUAAUCAUGGGUAUAUAUAUAUAUAUAUAUAUAUAUAUAUUAACUGUCGGCACUGCUGUACUGAGUAGCUGUCUGUCAAACUGCACCAACAAGAUAGAUGUCAGAGAAUAAUGUUUCCCACAGAUUAAAACCAGACAGUGUAACCUGCUGA